AUUCAGGGUUGGAAUGCACGGGAACCUUGGAGUUGGGGGAGGGACUCCAGAACUCAGGCACUGCAGGAUAUGUAGGAGUUUUCCAGCUUGUUGGAAACUGUUAAGAAGGAAGCGGGGCAGGCAGGUGAGGGGGCAGUGAUAACGCUUGGCCAGAAGAAACGGAUCUGUAAUGGGGCCUUCUGUGACUGCGACCAUCGUAGCCCUCCCCUACCCCACCGUCCUUGUCCCCAACCACUGUGUGUGGGCUCCUUGCUCCUGAAGAGGCUGAAGCGCUGACCUAAGACAGAGCUUCACGCACCGCUGCCCUGGCCUUCUUUUUAUUACCACGGUUACUACGAGUUUGCUGACUUCUUCAGCCACAGUGGAUGGAAAAGCACGCCUGUUGCAACAUGAUCUAUAGCCCAAGUGAGCCAGGCCAUCGUAAGCCGCUUCAUUCUUCUGGAAGUUGAAGAGAAAGGGAACCCAGAAACCUGGAAUGCCAGCAAAAAGGGGAAGCAGCACAGCACCAACUAGGCAGAGACACCCCCAGGCCAUGACAGCUCUUUGAGUGAGGCCUGGUAACAGGGAGGUGCUGUCACCCACUGGCCUGUCCAAUCCAGCUCCAAGAUGCUAAGCCUGAAGCUCCCCAGGCUGUUUAGCAUAGACCAGAUACCCCAGGUGUUCCAUGAACAAGGCAUCCUGUUUGGCUACCGCCAUCCACAGAGUUCUGCCACGGCCUGCAUCCUCAGUCUCUUCCAAAUGACCAAUGAGACUCUCAACAUUUGGACUCACUUGCUGCCUUUCUGGUUCUUUGCGUGGAGGUUUGUGACUGCACUGUACGUGACAGACGUCAAGAAUGACAGCUACUCCUGGCCCAUGCUUGUGUACAUGUGCACCAGCUGCGUGUAUCCACUUGUGUCCAGCUGUGCACACACCUUCAGCUCUAUGUCCAAGAAUGCCCGGCACAUAUGCUACUUCCUGGACUAUGGUGCCGUCAACCUCUUCGGCCUGGGCUCGGCCAUUGCCUACUCUGCGUACACGUUCCCGGACGCGCUGGUAUGCACCACCUUCCAUGACUACUACGUGGCUCUGGCUGUGCUGAACACCACCCUCAGCACAGGCCUCUCCUGCUACUCCAGGUUUCUUGAAAUCCAGAAGCCCAGACUCUGUAAGGUGAUUCGUGUCCUCGCCUUUGCUUAUCCCUACACCUGGGACUCCCUCCCCAUCUUCUACAGGCUAUUCCUGUUCUCAGGGGAGAGUGCACAGAAUGAAGCCACCUUGUACCACCAGAAGCACAUAAUCAUGACCCUCCUGGCGUCUUUCUUGUACUCCGCACACCUGCCAGAGCGCCUAGCCCCGGGACGCUUUGACUACAUUGGUCACAGUCACCAGCUGUUUCAUGUGUGUGUGAUCCUGGCCACGCACCUGCAGAUGGAAGCCAUACUUCUGGACAAGACUCUGAGGAAGGAAUGGCUCCUGGCCACCUCCAAGCCCUUCUCUUUCUCUCAGAUAGCUGGAGCCAUACUUCUGUGCAUCAUCUUCAGCCUCAGCAACGUAAUUUAUUUCUCAGCUGCUCUGUAUCGGACUCCUGAGCCAGAAUUACAUAAAAAAGAAACAUGAUUCAGACCAUCGCUUUUCAUGCCGGAGGUCAACAUUAAGCUGCAACACCUUAACCACCAUAAGCCGGAGGUGGUUACAGCUCAUAACGGCCUAAAAUAUUCAUAAUGGUUGGUGUCUUUUGUGUCUUUUGAAUGAAUUCAUUUCAAAAAGGCAUUCAGCUAGAGAACAUUCUCUAAAUGUAUAUUGAUUCUGUGUGUGUGAUUUUAAAAGGAGAACACGGUUCAAGCAAGUCCUUGUUAAAGCAAACUACUGACAUUUCAUUAAUUUUUUACUGAAAAUGGGGUUUUUAAUUCUAUUUAAACAAUUGGAUUAAGCAUAUUACCCUAGAGCUUUGUAUUAUUCUUUAAAAAUGAAUCGUUCUUCAUCUGAUAAAUUUCAUGUAGCAAAGCUUCUCUAAAGAGCUCUCGUAGUGGCCUGUCAACCAACUACUUUGGGAGAUUGAGCUAGGUCAGUCAUUGGGAGGAUCUGUGAAAGGAAGUUGGUCACUGAGAGCCCUGGGGACUGGGAAAACAUUCCAGAAUGAAGAGACCUGUUUGGGGAGGGGUCUUCUUUCCUUCUCCACCUAGUGAAGGGAGAACAGAAGGAGAGUCCUCUCUUCCCACAAGUCCAUUCUGCCUUCAAGGUGCUAGUUCUCAUGUCAUUAUGGAUUUGGAAUUUGUCACUUUUUUUUUUCCUUAAAAGUCCACAGUGGGAUGUCAUGUGUUCUGUUAUGCUCUGUUUUCUGGUUACCAGUGUGAUCUGCAAAGUAAAAUGUGUUGGUGCAGGUAAAAUGUGUUAAAC